GUCAGGCCUGGGACCCGGCCGCCCGCCCGCUGCCUCACCUGCAAGGAGGGGCCUCCCAGAAACUCCCUUCCCCAGUGCCCAGCUGCCCCACCUCGCCAGACUUAGCUGACCAGCCAGUGAGGACGCCCGCUGCCUCCCACCUGCCCUCCUGCCGCCUUUCGCCAGCCAAGCCCAGCCUGAGCCAGCACCUGCCUUUACGACCAUGUUCAAGGGGCUGAGCAAAGUCUCCCAGGGGAAGGGGUCCCCCAAGGGCUCCCCCGCCAAGGGGUCCCCCAAAGGCUCCCCCAGCAAGCACAGCCGGGCUGCCACCCAGGAGCUGGCCCUUCUCAUCUCCCGCAUGCAAGCCAAUGCCGACCAGGUGGAGCGGGACAUCCUGGAGACACAGAAGAGGCUGCAGCAGGACCGGCUGAACAGUGAGCAGAGCCAGGCCCUGCAGCACCAGCAGGAGACAGGCCGCAGCCUGAAGGAGGCUGAGGUGCUGCUCAAGGACCUCUUCCUGGACGUGGACAAGGCCCGGCGGCUCAAGCACCCGCAGGCUGAGGAGAUUGAGAAGGACAUCAAGCAGCUGCACGAGCGGGUGACCCAGGAGUGUGCGGAGUACCGUGCCCUGUACGAGAAGAUGGUGCUGCCCCCCGACGUGGGACCCAGGGUCGACUGGGCACGCGUGCUGGAGCAGAAACAGAAGCAGGUCUGCGCAGGCCAGUACGGGCCGGGCAUGGCGGAGCUGGAGCAACAGAUCGCCGAGCACAACAUCCUGCAGAAGGAGAUCGACGCCUAUGGGCAGCAGCUGCGGAGCCUCGUGGGGCCGGAUGCAGCCACCAUCCGGAGCCAAUACCGAGACCUACUGAAGGCGGCGUCGUGGCGCGGGCAGAGCCUGGGCAGCCUGUACACGCACCUCCAGGGCUGCACGCGGCAGCUGAGCACCCUGGCGGAGCAGCAGCGCCGCAUCCUGCAGCAGGACUGGAGCGACCUCAUGGCCGACCCUGCGGGCGUGCGGCGGGAGUACGAGCACUUCAAGCAGCACGAGCUGCUGAGCCAGGAGCAGAGCGUGAACCAGCUGGAGGACGACGGCGAGCGCAUGGUGGAGCUGCGGCACCCCGCGGUGGGGCCCAUCCAGGCCCACCAGGAGGCCCUGAAGAUGGAGUGGCAGAACUUCCUGAACCUGUGCAUCUGCCAGGAGACCCAGCUGCAGCACGUGGAGGACUACCGCCGGUUCCAGGAAGAGGCCGACUCAGUCAGCCAGACCCUGGCGAAGCUCAACUCCAACUUGGAUGCCAAGUACAGCCCUGCACCUGGGGGCCCCCCUGGCGCCCCCACAGAGCUGCUGCAACAGCUGGAGGCAGAGGAAAAACGGCUGGCCAUCACCGAGAGGACCGCUGGGGACCUGCAGCAGCGAAGCCGGGAUGUGGCCCCUCUGCCACAGCGAAGAAACCCACCUCAGCAGCCCCUGCAUGUGGACAGCAUCUGUGACUGGGACUCAGGAGAAGUGCAGCUGCUGCAGGGUGAGCGGUAUAAGCUGGUAGAUAACACUGACCUGCACACCUGGGUCGUGCAGGGCCCUGGUGGGGAGACCAAGCGUGCUCCCGCUGCCUGCUUCUGCAUCCCAGCACCAGACCCUGAUGCUGUGGCCAGGGCCUCCCGGCUGGCCUCAGAGCUGCAGGCCCUGAAGCAGAAAUUGGCCACAGUCCAGAGCCGCCUGAAGGCCAGUGCUGUGGAGUCUCUUCGGCCCAGCAAGCAGGGUACCCAGGGUGGCCCGGGGAGAGGUGGCUGUGGGGCUAGAAGGAGUAGAUUCCGACUUCCGACUGCUCCAUCUGGCUCGGACCCGGCCAACCCACAGGCCCAGAAGCUCCUGACACAGAUGACCCGGCUGGAUGGAGACCUGGGACAGAUACAGAGGCAGGUGCUGGCCUGGGCGCGGGCCCCGCUGAGCCGCACCACACCCCUGGAGGACCUGGAGGGCCGCAUCCACAGCCAUGAGGGCACAGCCCAGCGCCUGCAGAGCCUGGGAACGGAGAAGGAGACAGCCCAGAAGGAGUGCGAGGCGUUUCUGUCCACGCGGCCUGUGGGCCCCGCUGCCCUGCAGCUGCCCGUAGCCCUCAACAGCGUGAAGAACAAGUUCAGCGACGUGCAGGUUCUGUGCAGCCUCUACGGGGAGAAAGCCAAGGCUGCCCUGGGUCUGGAGCGGCAGAUCCAGGAUGCGGACAGGGUCAUCCGAGGCUUCGAGGCCACCCUGGUGCAGGAGGCCCCCAUCCCUGCUGAACCGGGGGCUCUGCAGGAGAGGGUCAGCGAGCUGCAGCGCCAGCGGAGGGAGCUGCUGGAACAGCAGACCUGCGUGCUGCGGCUACACCGCGCGCUGAAGGCCUCGGAGCACGCAUGCGCUGCCCUGCAGAACAACUUCCAGGAGUUCUGCCAAGACCUGCCUCGCCAGCAGCGCCAAGUGCGAGCUCUCACCGACCGCUACCACGCCGUAGGGGACCAGCUGGACCUGCGGGAGAAGGUGGUGCAGGAUGCCGCCCUCACCUACCAGCAGUUCAAGAACUGCAAGGAUAACCUGAGCUCCUGGCUGGAGCACCUGCCCCGCAGCCAGGUGCGGCCCAGCGACGGCCCCAGCCAGAUCGCCUACAAGCUGCAGGCGCAGAAGAGGCUGACGCAGGAGAUCCAGAGCCGAGAGCGGGACAGGGCCACAGCAUCCCGCCUCUCCCAGGCCCUGCAGGCAGCGCUCCAGGACUAUGAGCUCCAGGCAGACACCUACCGCUGCUCUUUGGAGCCUACCCUGGCAGUGUCAGCCCCCAAGAGACCCCGAGUGGCUCCCCUGCAGGAAAGCAUCCAAGCCCAGGAGAAGAACCUUGCAAAGGCCUAUACUGAGGUUGCAGCAGCACAGCAGCAGCUGCUCCAGCAGCUGGAGUUUGCUAGAAAAAUGCUGGAGAAGAAGGAGCUCAGUGAGGACAUCCGAAGGACCCAUGAUGCAAAGCAGGGCUCCGAGAGCCCUGCCCAAGCAGGGAGAGAGUCAGAGGCCCUGAAGGCCCAGCUGGAAGAGGAGAGGAAGCGGGUGGCCCGGGUGCAGCAUGAGCUGGAGGCGCAGAGGAGCCAACUGCUGCAGCUGAGGACCCAGCGGCCCUUGGAGAGGCUGGAGGAGAAGGAAGUGGUGGAGUUCUACCGGGACCCCCAGCUGGAGGGCAGCCUGUCCAGGGUGAAGGCCCAGGUGGAGGAGGAGGGAAAGCGGCGGGCUGGCCUGCAGGCAGACCUGGAAGUGGCAGCCCAGAAGGUCGUGCAGCUGGAAAGCAAGAGGAAGACCAUGCAGCCUCAUCUGCUGACCAAGGAGGUCACCCAGGUGGAGAGGGACCCCGGCCUGGACAGCCAGGCGGCCCAGCUCAGGGUCCAGAUCCAGCAGCUCCGCGGGGAGGAUGCCGUCAUCUCGGCCCGGCUGGAAGGGCUGAAGAAGGAGCUACUGGCCCUUGAGAAGAGGGAGGUGGACGUGAGGGAGAAGGUCGUGGUGAAAGAGGUGGUCAAGGUGGAGAAGAAUCUGGAAAUGGUCAAGGCAGCCCAGGCUCUGAGGCUGCAGAUGGAGGAGGAUGCUGCGCGGAGGAAGCAGGCGGAGGAGGCUGUGGCCAAGCUGCAGGCUCGCAUGCAAGACCUGGAGCGGGCUAUCAGCUCGGUGGAGCCCAAGGUCAUCGUGAAGGAGGUGAAGAAGGUGGAGCAGGACCCAGGGCUCCUCCAGGAGUCCUCCAGGCUGAGGAGCCUCCUCGAGGAGGAGAGGACCAAGAAUGCGACGCUGGCCAGGGAGCUGAGCGACCUGCACAGCAAGUACAGCGUGGUGGAGAAGCAGAGGCCCAAAGUGCAGCUCCAGGAGCGCGUCCACGAGAUCUUCCAGGUGGAUCCGGAGACAGAGCAGGAGAUCACUCGGCUCAAGGCCAAGCUGCAGGAGAUGGCGGGCAAGAGGAGCGGUGUGGAGAAGGAGGUGGAGAAGCUGCUGCCCGACCUGGAGGUCCUGCGGGCCCAGAAGCCCACGGUGGAGUACAAGGAGGUGACCCAGGAGGUGGUGAGGCAUGAGAGGAGCCCCGAGGUGCUGCGUGAGAUCGACCGCCUGAAGGCUCAGCUCAACGAGCUCGUCAACAGCCACGGGCGCUCCCAGGAGCAGCUCAUCCGCCUGCAGGGUGAGCGCGACGAGUGGAGGCGCGAGCGGGCCAAGGUGGAGACCAAGACGGUGAGCAAGGAGGUGGUGCGCCACGAGAAGGACCCGGUGCUGGAGAAAGAAGCAGAGCGGCUCCGCCAGGAGGUGCGGGAGGCGGCCCAGAAGAGGCGGGCCGCGGAGGACGCGGUGUACGAGCUGCAGAGCAAGCGCCUGUUGCUGGAGAGGAGGAAGCCCGAGGAGAAGGUGGUGGUGCAGGAGGUGGUGGUCACCCAGAAGGACCCGAAGCUGCGCGAGGAGCACAGCCGGCUGAGCGGGAGCCUGGAUGAGGAGGUGGGCCGGCGGCGCCAGCUAGAGCUUGAGGUGCAGCAGCUGCGGGCCGGCGUGGAGGAGCAGGAGGGCCUGCUCAGCUUCCAGGAGGACCGCAGCAAGAAGCUGGCCGUGGAGAGGGAGCUGCGGCAGCUGACCUUGAGGAUCCAGGAGCUCGAGAAGCGGCCUCCCACGGUGCAGGAGAAGAUCAUCAUGGAGGAAGUGGUCAAGCUGGAGAAGGACCCGGACCUGGAGAAGUCCACGGAAGCCCUGCGGCGGGACCUGGACCAGGAGAAGACCCAGGUAACCGAGCUGAAUCGGGAGUGCAAGAACCUGCAGGUCCAGAUUGACGUCCUCCAGAAAGCCAAAUCGCAGGAGAAGACCAUCUACAAGGAAGUGAUCCGGGUGCAGAAGGACCGCGUCCUGGAAGAUGAGCGGGCCCGCGUGUGGGAGAUGCUCAACAGGGAGCGCAUGGCCCGGCAGGCCCGGGAGGAGGAGGCACGGCGCCUGCGGGAGCGCAUUGACCGGGCCGAGACACUGGGGAGAACCUGGUCCCGGGAGGAGUCCGAGCUGCAGAGGGCCCGGGACCAGGCCGACCAGGAGCGUGGGCGGCUGCAGCAGGAGCUGCGGGCUCUGGAGAGGCAGAAGCAGCAGCAGACACUGCAGCUGCAGGAGGAGUCGAAGCUGCUCAGCCAGAAGACGGAGAGCGAGCGACAAAAGGCGGCCCAGCGGGGCCAGGAGCUCUCACGGCUAGAGGCGGCCAUCCUCCGCGAGAAGGACCAGAUCUACGAGAAGGAGCGGACGCUCCGGGACCUCCACGCCAAGGUGAGCCGGGAGGAGCUCAGCCAGGAGACCCAGACGCGAGAGACCAACCUUUCCACCAAGAUCUCCAUCCUGGAACCCGAGACGGGGAAGGACAUGUCCCCAUACGAAGCCUACAAGAGGGGCAUCAUCGACAGGGGCCAGUACUUGCAGCUGCAGGAGCUCGAGUGUGACUGGGAGGAGGUCACCACCUCGGGGCCCUGUGGGGAGGAGUCUGUGCUCCUGGACCGCAAGAGCGGGAAGCAGUACUCCAUCGAGGCCGCCCUCCGCUGCCGGCGCAUCUCUAAGGAGGAGUACCAUCUGUACAAGGACGGCCACCUGCCCAUCUCCGAGUUUGCGCUGCUUGUAGCUGGGGAGACCAAGCCAAGUUCCUCACUCUCCAUCGGCUCUAUCAUCUCCAAGUCCCCGCUCGCCUCCCCGGCCCCCCAGAGCACCAGUUUCUUCUCUCCCAGCUUCUCUCUCGGGCUCGGUGAUGACAGCUUCCCUAUCGCCGGGAUCUAUGACACAACCACAGACAACAAGUGCAGCAUCAAGACGGCCGUGGCCAAGAACAUGCUGGACCCCAUCACUGGGCAGAAGCUACUGGAGGCCCAGGCGGCCACAGGGGGCAUCGUGGACCUGCUCAGCCGUGAGCGCUACUCUGUGCACAAGGCGAUGGAGAGGGGCCUGGUCGAGAACACCUCCACACAGAGGCUGCUCAACGCCCAGAAGGCCUUCACCGGCAUCGAGGACCCCGUCACCAAGAAGAGGCUGUCGGUGGGCGAGGCCGUCCAGAAGGGCUGGAUGCCCCGGGAGAGCGUGCUCCCACACCUGCUGGUGCAACACCUGACCGGGGGGCUCAUCGACCCCAAGAGGACAGGCCGCAUCCCCAUCCAGCAGGCCCUCCUCUCCGGGAUGAUCAGUGAAGAGCUGGCCCAGCUCCUGCAGGACGAGUCCAGCUACGAGAAGGAUUUGACAGACCCCAUCUCCAAGGAACGGCUGAGCUACAAGGAGGCCAUGGGCCGCUGCCGCAAAGACCCCCUGAGCGGCCUGCUGCUCCUGCCAGCGGCACUGGAGGGGUACCGCUGCUACCGCUCCGCCUCCCCCACCGUCCCGCACUCCCUUCGCUGACACGGGCCAAGCAGCCAGUGGGGAAGUGCGUGUGUUGGGCCAGGUAGGAUACGUACACCUCUUGCCUCAGAGCAGCCUCAUCCCAGGCAGUGGGGCUUCUCUCUGUCCAACCACUGUUUUAUUAUUUUACUAACAUGGUGAUGGGCUCCCUCCCCUAACCUUGGUGCCUGAUCCAUCCCCAGACCAGGACAGCAGCCACUCAGUUCUUCCUCCACCUCCACCCAGUGAUCCCAAUAAACGAAUUCUGUCUCCCCAUGCCAUGUGGUGUCCCAUUCAUUCACAUUUGAGAGUGCAGGACCCAUGUGUCUGGGGGAUGAGUGCAAGGACAGCGUUGCUCAAGUCCUUG